GGCGAGGCUGCGGCGGGAGAGGUGCAGAGGGCGGGGGGUCGGGCGGCCGGACGGGAUCGGGCGCACUCCGCCGCUGCUUUAGCCCUGCUUUUCCCUCCUCGGGCACGGCGGCAUGUUGCGGCGACCCGCGUGGCAGGUGCUUCGUCAGUUUGUAAGACAUGACUCUGAUGCAGCUGGUACAUUGGUACUCGAAAGAUCCAUGAAUCGUGUUCAGUUACUUGGUCGGGUUGGACAGGACCCUAUCAUGAGGCAAGUGGAAGGAAAAAAUCCCGUUACCAUAUUUUCUCUUGCAACCAAUGAGAUGUGGCGAACGGGGGAAAGUGAGGUAAACCAGGGAGGUGAUAUCAGUCAGAAGACGACAUGGCACAGGAUCUCUGUCUUCAGACCGGGCCUCAGGGAUGUUACCUAUCAGUAUGUGAAGAAGGGUGCUCGAAUCUUUGUUGAAGGGAAGAUAGACUAUGGUGAAUAUACCGAUAAAAACAACGUGAGGCGUCAGGCCACAACAAUUAUAGCAGAUAAUGUGAUUUUCCUGAGUGACGGUAUGAAAGAAAAGGUGUGAGGUCAUUAGUGCUUGGACCCAGGCCAUUUCAUUCCUUCUGUUUUACAGUGCUUCAUAAUUCUGUAAUCAUGUAUGUAGCUGUAGUUUCUUUAAAAGGUAAAUAAAAUCUUUGAUACCUA